AUGGACCACCUCCCGAAAUUCCGCAGGAAACCAAAGAUCCCAACCAUUUCCACCACCGACGUCAAGCCCCCGCUGUCCCGCAACGGCAGCGGCAUCAUCGAGCAGGAGCACCCCUCGCCCCAGCAAAUCUACCCCUCCACGACCGUCACCGUCACCAGCAGCGGCCGCCAGUCCCCGAAGCCCGGCCUGCGCAAGUCUGCCUUCCGCGGCUUGCAUCUGCGCAGCUCCGGCAAGCGCGUCCGCUCCCCGCCGCCCGCCGCCCUGCCCUCCUCGCCUCCGCCCGCCAUCGUCUCCCACGACGGCGUUACCUCUUCGCCGGCAUCCACGAAAAAUAAGGAGGGCAGGGACGAUGCCGCCGCCAGGGCAUCGUCGGAUAGGGAGAGCCGGGCGAGCUCGACCCCCAAGCCAAAGAUCCCGGCCUUCCUGGAUCUCUCCACCCCAGGUAGGAGCCCCUCGCGGAGCCCCUCUCGUUGGAAGCCCUCCAGAAAACGAGGACUAGGCGCUGACCAUGACAUGUCGCGGCUGCCCACAGACCUGGAGAAUAAGUUUCAGGAGCUCGUCUGGCAGGAACGCAACCGCCUCGCCGCCGGCAUGGCCCCCGACGCUAACGAGAACUCGAAAUGGGGCUCCUUCAAGCAGACCGACCUGAGUCGCGGCGUCCAGGACCGCUACUUCAACAUCAAGCCCUGGAACCACAACCGCAUCAAGCUGCGCGUCCCCGAGGACGAGCUCGACUACGUCAACGCCUCCACCAUCACCUUGACGUCUCCUUCGAACAAGGACCUCGAGCCGCUGCGCUACAUCGCGAUGCAGGGCCCGACGCAGGCAUCCCUCGACUUCGUCUGGCGCAUGGUCGCCGAGCAGCUCUCCUCCCCCGUCGUCAUCGUCCAGCUCACGAGCAUGUUCGAGAACAACCAGGCAAAGUGCUUCCCCUACCUGCCCAUGGACGAGGAGGCCGACGGCGGCGGCUGGGUCCUCAACGAGACGGACGGCUGGAACGACGGCUGGACCGCGACGCUCUCCUUCGACUCCCUCGAAACGCUCGAGAACGGCGCCAUCGAGGUGCGCAAGCUGCGGCUGCGCGUCGGCGACGAGGACGAGGACAGGAUAGUCUGGCACAUGCUCUACACCAAGUGGCCCGACUUCGGCGUCCCCGCCGUCGACGACCUUGGCAGCUUCUUCACCCUCAUGCGCCUCUCGCGCGAGUACAACACCGCCGCGCCCGCCCCGGACACGCAGCCGCGCAUCAUCCACUGCAGCGCCGGCGUCGGGCGCACGGGCACCUUCAUCACGCUGGAGCACCUGAUGCGCGAGCUCGACGAGGGCGCGCUGCUGGACUACGACGCGGGGGCCGGCGGCGCGGGCGAAGAUCUCAUCUACGCGACCGUCGACGCGCUGCGCGAGCAGAGGCGGAGCAUGGUGCAGGCCGAGGCGCAGUACCUGUUCCUGUACCAGGUGCUGCGGAAACUGUGGCAGGAAAAGUACGACGUGGAGGACAGCAGCGACGGCGACAGCGAGCCCGCGGCUAAGAGGCUCGAGGUCGACGAGCGGUCCUCCCUGUCGUCUAUGGAUUGA